AACUAGGCCACGGCUCUGUUAAGAAUCACUCUGAACUAGGCCACCGCCGAACUAAAUCUGAGGGAACUUCUUUCCCAGAGCUACUACCCCGGAAGCGUCAACAUGUAUUCGAGGUGCUACCCCACGAAAAAAGAAAAUUGUUCCGGGAACUGAAUGUGGAGGAUACACAGGGUCUACCUACGAAAAAGAGAAAAGCUGCGCAGGGUCGAUAUUCCAUUGGUGAAAUCAAUGGCAUGAAACCAAGAUGUUGAUUCCCACAGUGGAUGGUGAUGCCAUUGAUCAAUACAAUCAUUACCUGAAGCCACAUUUUGAUAGGAAAGAUGUGGAAGUUGACUUCUAUUUUAAAUAUGGAGUUGGAAUUGUUAUGGUAUCAGCAAAAUGGGACUCUAAACGGUCCAUCGAUGAUGCUGUUAAUGUUUUUGAAGAGAUUCACCGAUUUUUUUUGCAAACCAUUCCUUCCAUGGUGUACUUAACAAGACUACUUGUACCAGCUGCACAUGCCAAAAAGUUGAUUAUUCUCCACUCAAUCAAGUCUUGUCCGUGGACUCUUACUAUCUAUCUAAUCGAUAGCCUGUCAGUUUUGUUCCCUGGUGAUGUGAUUGUUGAUGUGGAAGUAUCUAAUCCUGCACGUAUAUGUGAUGGAAUGAAAUCAGUUCUUCGUGAUUUGAGAGAGUUUGGAGUUGAUGAGAGCAUGAUGUCCAAGUUUAAAACUGGAAAUUACAUUUGUCCAUCGUAUCACGAAAUAUCUGCUCCUGGGAAUGGAAAAUCAUCUUCAAUGAUGUCCAAGUUUAAAACUGGAAAUUACAUUUGUCCAUCGUCUCACAAAAUAUCUGCUCCUGGGAAUGGAAAAUCAUCUUCAAUGAUGAAAGGUCCAAAAGAGUAUGCGAUUUUGGAGUUCAAACGAAUUCCUCUAUUGUUUAUUGAUCUUAUCAUUGGUGAAGACGGUGCAAACCUUGGUAAGAUAUGGAAAUCAAGUCAGGCAUUUGUUUACUUGCAAACACACUCAGCUAAAGAGGUUGUUAUUAAUAUUGUUGGUGAAACAUAUGAAGUGACUAAAGACGCUAAGGAUGCGAUGGAGGAAUUGAUUCCCGACGACAAAAAGAUAUAUGGAGAGGCGCGUGCUUUUGAGGCAAUGUUUCAAAGGGAGUUAGAAGAGUAUCCGUCUUCAGAUGGAGAGGAAGCUGGUUCGCCUAUUCUUUGAUGCUUGCUUGUUUCUUUCAUUUUCUGCACUUUUCACUCACCAAAAUUUCUGUCACUGGCAAAUCUUCUCGUGGUAAAAUUCUGGCUGACCAGCUUUGUGGUAAAAUGGUAGUCAAUUAUUGAAUGUAGCCUUUUUAUUGGAUGUAAUAUUAUUAUUUUUCAAUCCCAUCCAUUCCUUCCCCUCUCCAUCCCUUCCAACCAAACAUACCCCAAUCAGCAUUUCAAUUGGACUUCAGAGCCUAUAUUGAUUCGGCAGCAUCAAAUUGAUUCAUCAACUUCUAAUUGAUCCAGCAGCUUCAAAUCGUACCUUUGCGCUAGAGCUGUGGCAGACUUCCAAUUGACCCAGGCAUUAUAAGAGACUCAAAGAUGUUGAGAAGAUUUUUCUCUGCUGUCUCUACUCCUACCCGUCCAGCUACAGCAGCAUUGCACUCAUCUUUUGGAUUAUCAUCUCCUCGUUUCUCUACUUCCUCAGGAAAUGUUGACAGAAGGAAGGGGAUUGCAUACUAUGAAAAUGGCAUUGCAUCAGUGACAUCAUAUCAUAAGGGUUCUAGUUCCCAUUUGUCACAACUUUCCCCAUCUGGUCAUAUUUUUCAAAGAAGAUUUAUUGCCACCAUUGGGUCUUCAGUGGAUACUGUUUCUCAAGAUGCUUCAGCUUCUAACUCUCUGGUAACUCCACGUAUUAAAUUUAAGAGGCUAGAUAAGACUGCAAAGCACAUAAUGCAGAUUCUUGAUAAAGAGGCAGUUGAAGAAGUGAAGACACAGAGAGAGAUACUUGAUAUACGACCUGGCUAUAUUUUGCAGCUCAAAGUAGAAGUACCUGAAAACAAGAGACGCGUUUCAAUUAUAAAAGGAAUAGUGAUAGCCAGAAGAAAUGCUGGGUUGAAUACAACAUUCAGAUUAAGAAGGCUUGUGGCAGGGGUUGGUGUUGAAUCCCUCUUUCAUCUAUACUCACCCAAUAUAAAGGAAGUAAAGGUGGUGGACAAGAAGAAGGUGAGAAGGGCGAAGCUGUACUAUCUCCGGGAUAGAAUGAAUGCAUUGAAGAAGCAAUGAGUGAGUCUACCACAUCCAGGUUCAGUUCAUGGAUGACAUUUGUGGGGGGUCAAUGUUGGAGACAGAAAUGGAAGGAAAAACUUACCAUUUUAGCAUUAAUGUCACUAUCCUAAUUGUUGAUUUUGGUGCUAGAGUUAGUUACCUAUUCUACGUCU